AUGAACGUUAUCACACCUGGCGAAAUGUCCGAGGACACAAUAGACUACUUAGAUGGCGCUUUUCCCGAUCUACAGCAGCACACGGCCAACAACAUGCAAGAAGAGUUGGUGAAAGAUAACCUAUGGAUCGACCCUAGCCCAUCAGAUUUCUUAUCUACUACCACGGUCAUUUCUCCUUCCAAUGAAUCUAUCUCCGACUUGGGUGGUCCCAUCGAAUGGAUAAACGCGUCUACUGAUAUAUAUGGUCCGAUCGACACAGUUCAGACUGGCCUAGAAUCAGACUUUCAAACGAUACAAACUGCCAAUACUAUGCCAACCAGUAGCAGGUUUCAAAUGAUAAAUUCACGGGUGGAGGGCUCCUCGCUGAGAUCACAGAAUGAUGUUAAGCUGGUUGAGCAUUCCAUGCAACCCAGCAAGGAGGUGAAGCAAUUACGUGAGAAGUACCAUGGUAAAUACAAAGAGCGAAAUCGCCAAGCGGCCGCUAAGUCGCGUCGAAAGCAUGAGGAUCUUGUCAGUCUCCUUGAGGCAGAGCAGCGUGAUGAACAGCGGAGACGGGAAAUCAUCGAACUCCAACUCUCGAAUCUGAAAUUGGAAGUUAGCCAACUUCGGGAGGAAUUAAGGCUUCAUAUUCAGCUAUCAGGUUACAUUCGUGCGAAAUGUUAG